AGUUAGAUAGCUACUUGCCUUCAUUUGUGAUCCAUUAAUUCUUUCCUUGUUAAUUCACUUAAUUGGAUGGAAAUGGAGAAGAAACAAAUGGAAAUGACAAUGGGAAACGGCAAUGGUGCAGCGGCUGAAGCUCAACCGCAACCGCAACCGCAACCUCAACCUCAAAGUCACGUCCUGGUAUUCCCCUUUCCUGUUCAGGGUCACAUGAACCCAAUGGUCCAAUUCGCCAAGCGCCUCGUCUCCAAGGGUCUCAAGGUCACAGUAGUCACUACCAUCUCUGCCAUGCACCGGUUCCAAGCAGCACCCGAACGACUAAGCUCUUUAGGAUUCGACCUCGAACUAAUUUCCGACGGCUCCGAAUUUGUUCACAGAACCGAAUCCAUUGACGAAUCCACUGAGCGUUUCACAAGGGUGACUACACAGACUUUAGCCGACCUCAUCACCAGGAUCAAGAACAAGAGCAAGAGCAAGAAAAAGAAUGGUACUAGUACUCCUCAUAGCGACGAUCAUGAUGAUGAUGCCAGCAGCAGCUACCCGGAACUGAAAUUCUUGGUGUACCACUCAGGUAUGCCGUGGGCUUUAGAUAUAGCGCGACAACACGGCAUAGAUGGAGCUCCAUUCUUCACAAACUCAUCUUCAGUCGUAGCCAUCUACGAACACUUCCUUCAAGGAGCACUAAAGAUUCCCUCAGAAAUUGAUCGGUCCACUACAACAUUAUCACUGCCUUCUAUGCCACCUCUAGGUUUCGCUGAUCUACCCUCAUUUCUUCGUGAUGUUGACUCCUACCCAGCUUAUCUUGAACUUACUCUCGGUCAAUACUCCAAUAUCGGAACACUAAAAUGGCUCUUCAUUUGCACUUUUGAAAAGUUGGAAGAGGAGGUAGUGAAAUGGAUGAUAAAUCAAGAGUGGCCGGUCAGGACCAUAGGACCAACGGUUCCAUCAAUGUUUUUGGACAAACGAUUGGAGGAUGACAAGGAAUAUAGCCUCAGUAUGUUCAAACCUAAUGUGGAGACUUGUAUGGAGUGGCUAGACUCUAAAGAAUCUAGCUCCAUCGUUUAUGCAUCAUUUGGAAGCUUGGCCAAUCUCAAAAUGGAGCAGAUAGAGGAGCUAGCAUGGGGACUGAGGGAUAUGAACUACAACUUCAUGUGGGCAGUUAGAGAAUCAGAAAUGGAAAAACUUCCUGGUAAUUUCUUAGAGGAGACAUCAGAGAAGGGUUUGGUUGUGAGCUGGUGCCCUCAGCUACAAGUUUUGGCUCACAAAGCUGUGCGAUGCUUUGUUACUCAUUGCGGAUGGAAUUCCGUUCUCGAAGCAUUGAGCUUUGGAGUACCGAUGGUGACAAUGCCACAAUGGGCUGAUCAAGCAACUAAUGCCAAAUUUGUUGAGGAUGUAUGGAAAGCAGGAGUCAGAGUGAAGAAGAAUGAGAAGGGUAUUGCUACAAAACAAGAAAUAGCAAAGUGUAUUAAGCAAGUUAUGGAAGAGGAGAAAGGGAUGAAGAUGAGAAAAGCUUCAUUAAGGUGGAAAGAACUAGCUAAAGAGGCAGUCGAUGAAGGGGGUAGUUCUGAUAAGAACAUUGAAGAAUUUGUUGCAGAAGUUAAGUUAAUUUGAUUCACUUUGUGUUUCUGCUGAAGAAUACGGAACGGGAUGUGUGUGUGGAUCAUGAUGGAGAGAGAGAGAGAGAUAUAACACCGCAUGUAUAGUGGUUCACCUUGCUCUUGAGGCAAGGCUACGUCCACUUAGAUAGUUUACUAUGAGUGAGGCCAAGUGACCUUUGUAGUGAUACAAGUAUAGGGAUCAUGGAUCCAUCCUCUCUAAGAAGGGGAGGACUUCCCUUUUAUAGCUAAAGGAAGUCCCCAUCUAGUUUACAUUUCCGAUGUGGGACACAACAUACAUAUUGCUUCUCUUGAAGCCUCUUGGAGAGCAUGGGAGGGUGGCCUCCCUACGAGGUACCGGUCGACCUCCACCAUGACAACGUAGCUCGGGUGUCGGCCUACCGGAUGCAUGCCAUAGGCGGGGCUAGCCAUGUCGUGGGGCCCACCUAUGAGGUCGUUGAUUAUGCUUGGCGGUAUGUAAUAUAGGUGGUAUGUACACUUUGUAAUUUUUCUUUUAUCAAAUAAGGAAGAGGUGAUAUUAGCUCAUCAGAGGUAAACUUGUCUCACCCUCAAUUCCAAAGUGAGGAUGCAGUAUAUGUAUGUAUAUGCAGCUAUAUUGAAGGAUUGAUUUAUUUUAUACAUAUUAUAUACAAUAUAUGUAUGUGCAAUUUUAUUCUUCAAAUAAUAUACGGAACAUUGUGCA